AUGAUGGGCUAAAUCUGAGCCUUGGGAGAUGGCUGAAUAUCGCAUCUGGGCUCAUGCUGCUGAUGUGGACAUGGAGCUUCUUAACUGGUCCAUAGCGCCAGAUGGCUACAUCCCCAACUCUGUGAUCAGGGACUGGAAGAAGAAAGAAAAACAGCAGAACGAGCCACACUGGAAGGACUUCUUGUUUAAUCCUCCUUGCCAUUUGGAUGAGGGUACAACCAGUGAUGGGAAAAAUGAAACUCCUGGAAAUAUAUGGCUUACUGAAGUCGAAGAUGGAGAGGAAGAAAUUAGUUUUGAGGUGAAACGGAAGAGGCGUGAAAAGUACAAUGAACCAAACAAGAAUGAGGUCGAUAAACAGAAUAUAAACAGAAAUGGAGGGAAUAAAAGGAAAAUCUGGGAAAGAACUGGUGCAUUUAAACAAAAAAUUCAUGAGGGGAAUGAAGAGGUAGAAGAAGCGUCUGGAAAGAAGGAAAGGGCUGGUACAUUUAAACCUAAAAUGCAUGUGAGGAAAGAAGAGAGAGAGAAUGUGUUUGGAGAGAGGGAAGGAACUGGUGAAUUUAAACCAGCAAUGCUUGAGAGGGAAGAAGAGGGAGGGAAAGAGGGAGGAGGGUUUAAUCAGAUGGACAGCACCCAGAGUGAGAACAUGAAAGUCUUUACUGAAGGAAGUGUGGUGCCUCAGAAGAGUGAGGUCAGCUUAAGUCUGAAAAACACUGACAGCUUCAUAGUUUCCGGACCAGCAACUGAAGAGAUCAGACCUCAUACACCACAGAGUGAUCUGCAGGACAGUACAGAGCUGAGAAAACCUAUAACAUCUCCACUUCCAUCUCACUCCACGCCCCAACAAUCCAGCACCAUACCUAGAGAGUGGUCGAAGUCCUCCAUGGUCUCUGCAGACGCUGCCAUCUCAAAGCAAGCGUUGGAUGCUCAAGCUGUAAACCGACAAACAAAGCUCAUCACCACAGUACCUCCUGUACCGAGGCCUCCUCCACCAAGUCCAGAGGAUCCCCCACACACACUGGGGGUUUGCCCCCCAAAACGGAUUCCAGUUCAAGAUCCCAGUUUCCUGCUGUCCCCUGCUAAACAUGUCAACAUCAAGGACCAAUCCCAGACGGCUCUCGAUCUAAAUGUCCUGGCCCUCUUUAAAAGGUCUAAAGUCCACGCUCCAAUGCUCUUUCCUCAGACGAAAUAUCCUGGGUUUAGUCCCACAGGGGGACUGUAUUGGCAAUUUGAUGACAUCUCUGCAGGAUUACAUGGACAUAGCAGGAAUCUUAGAGGCACUCCAGAAUUUAUUGUUAGAUUGUCCGCCAUCCACGGCCAGCAUCACAGCCAGCAUCACGGCCAGCAUCACGGCCAGCAUCACAGUCUGUAUCACGGCCAGCAUCACAGCCAGCUUCACGGUCUGCAUCACGGCCAGCGUCACAGUCUGCAUCACAGUCAGCAUCACAGUCUGCAUCACAGCCAUAUCCAACCAGAAGCUCCAUGCCCUUCACACCCCGCUGAUGACCAGCUCACUCUUCCUCAGUUCCUCUAUCUGAACAGAAACAGCUCCAACAGGCCCACGCCUGAGGGGAGGAAGACCCUGCACCACUCAGACUCCCUGCAGGGUGUCCAAUCUUCACGGGCGGUGGGGCAGUUUGCUGCAGAGCACCCACAGGAGCCUCCCCAUGCGCCACAACCUUCAGUGACCCUCCCCAUCCUCCAGCGGGGUCAAGCCGAACCAUUCCAAAGGGUGGUGCAGAAGAUCCAGCUGCAAGAUGGCACAGAACCGACCCAGUGCUGCUUCAGCCAAGUGGUCCCUCUGCGUCCUCAACAAAGCUUUGUCACCUCACAUCAAUGCGGGAAGACUCAGUAUGGAAAGCUUCAGUUUGAUUGGACGAGAGGAUUUUGAGAUUAAAAUCGAGUGAGGUUGUGAUCGAUUCGGUCAAGUCAUGGUGUUUAUUAAAGUGAAAAUGGGUUUGUUUCAAGGAAACAAACUAAACUACAUGUUCUGUGUUAUGAGAAAGAGGUCUUUGUACAACUCAUGAGCAUGUUUUGCUACUUGU